AUGGCGCCCGCUCCCGGCCAGGACGACUUGGACAGAGCCUACUACAACCUGGUGGCCCUCCUGCCGACCGGGACAACCCCUGCGCCUCCCCGCCGCCUGCCGGCCGACAGGCGGCGCCUCCUGCAGGCCCUCGCCGCGGCCGCCGCCAAGAACAGCCCGGGCGACACCGGCGGGCGCCGCCGCGUGCCACGGGGGUCCACAGACGCCUUGCAACAACUGGCCGUGCUGACCAUGCCCAAUGGCGAGCCCCGGGCCGUGCUGGCGUUUGUGCUGGAAGGCCGGGUGCCGCCCGAUCCCGACAGGAUGCGACAGGACCACUGCCGCCGCCUCGCCCAGGUGAUCCAUGCCGCCGCGGCAAAGAGCGGCCCGCUUCCGGCGCGCAGCUCAGGGCCGGCAGGCGGGAGCUGGUCGAGCGGCAACGCGGCGGGCGGGGGCGGGGGCAGGUCUGGUGGCAGGCCUGGUGGCAGCGCGGCGGGCGGGAGCGUGGUGAGCGGCACCGCGGCGGGCGGGAGCGUGGUGAGCGGCAGCGCGGCGGGCGGGAGCAGGUCUAGCGGCAGCGCGGCGGGCGGGAGCGUGGUGAGCGGCAGGCGGGGCGGCAGGCAGGGCGGCGGCCGCCCGCAGCUGACGCUCGUGUCGCGCAGGCCGCCCGCCGCGGGGCCAGGCGGGCCUGGGGACGGCGGCCAGCUGCCUGGGCCGCACCCGGCGCCGGCCUCAGGCGCCGCGCCUGCUGGCCAGCGCCGAGGGCCGAGCCUGAGGCAGCGGAUGGCGCUGACUCGGCCGCAGAGCACCUCGACGCAGGCCGGCAAGCGAGGCGCGGCGCCGGCAGGCGGGCUAGGGGCGGCCCCCACGGCACCUGCUGCCGCUGCUGCGCCGGCCGCCGCUGCCGAUACAGGCGAUGCGGGACAGCGCCCGACUCUGAGGCAGCUGCUGGCGCGGUUUGGGGGGCUUGGGCGGCAGGGAGGCCCGCAGCCCACGGCCAGCGCGCACCUCAUGGCCCCGCCACAGAGUAGUGUGAGGGCGGCGGGUGGCAAGCGUCAGGCGCCGUCGCCAGACCCGGCGCCGGGGCGUACGCGGCGCCAGCAGAGCAGCCCGUUGGCGCUGAUGCCCGAGCAUGCUGAGGUGGACGCCAUCGGGCGGUACUUGAACGAGGUGCUGACCAAAGAGGGGUCCUUCGUUGUGCAUACUGUGGACGUGGGCAUCGUCAACCCCUGUAUCAACUUCAACAACACCAAGGAGCCGGACCUUGGCCUCGGGGCCUUCUUCCAGGGCGGGAAGGCGCUGGAGCUCGCGUUCUAUUUUGGGGAUGGCAGCGCCCUCAUUGUGCGGCUGGGCCUCUCCAUCUACCCCCUCUUCAUCGACGAGGACCUCCUGACGCAUGGCGAUCCGCUUUGCCCGUACGCCUACCGGGAGGCGUGCCCCGCGCCCGGUGAAGCCCACAAGCAUCGCCGCUCCCAGGUCUACCCCCACCUCUGGUGCGCCCCCAACAUGGCGGCUGUCUUCAUCGGCUCGCUUCCUGGAUACGGGCGCGCCGCCUUGGUCUUCCGCACUGGCUUGCCCGACAAUCGCCACGUCUUCUUCCUGCGGCAACGCACGGGCGUGCUUGACGCCCCGGUAACGCCCGCCACCGCGGCCGCCUACGAGGCCAAUAUGUGGGAGGUGGCCCGCACGCCUGGCGCUACCCUGCCGCUACGAUACCCAGGCGGGCCCAGCCCCUUCAAGUACCUGUCUCCGUGGGGGCAGAUGAUGAUGGCGGGCAUCGCCGACCUCAUCUUCCAGCGGUGCAGCCUUGCGGAUAUCCUGGCAGGGGUGGACAGGAAGGGCAAGGCGGUUGAGCCAUUCAUGGAAUACUUUGCAGUCAGGAGGAGCAGCGAGAGCAGCAGCGAGAGCAGCGACGGCACAGGUGGCACCGUCGCCAACAUGCUGCUCAAUGGGUAUGGUGCCUACUUUGCAUCUGAUGGCUUCAACCUGCUUGUGGGAAGCCUGCUCUUGGUGUUGGCGGUGUGCGCGGGGAUCUUGGUCUGGCGGCGUGGAGCCAAGCUGACCGCCUUCUUCGGUUGGAGGCCAUAUGCAGGCGACCAAAAGCUCGCCAACAUCGCGUUUGGCAGGGCCGACGGCACUGCUACCCACCGCCGAGCAGCCGGCCUGGGUAGACGUGAUGGUGGCGGGCAGAAUGAGCGGGUGAUGAAGGAGCGGGCGCAGGGCAAACGCAAGCGGGUGGGGGCCGACGGCUCGAGCCCCGCCAAGAAGCAGAGGGGGCGCGGAGGGGUAGCCAAGAAGGCGGAGGCCCCCAGUGGCGUUCCUGGCUCGGCCGCGGCCUCCACCCCCUCCAAAGUGGACUGGGAGGAGAUGGAGUACACCAAUGCCGCCCACACCAUGGCGGGUGGCAAGCUCGAGGAGCCGCAGUACGCGGGGCGCCACAUUCUCAGAGAUGCGGGCUUGGAGCCGCCGGGGCCUGAGUAUGCGGUUGAGGACCCCCAGGAUAGGCCAGUGCUGGGAGCGAGCGUGAUGGUGUACUGGGAGUGCUCGGAGUGUUGGUACUAUGCAGUGGUCACAGGCGUUCCCAGCAGCCUCUCAACAAUCUCCACCAUGUACCCGGAUGAGGCCCCCGGGUCUGACCACCAUAAGGGCGUGGAGGACCUAGCUGCCACGCCAUGCGUGAUAAUCGAUGGCCAGCCGGACACGAGCCGGUGUCCCGGACUCAAGCCCGGCGAGGUGAUCUUUGCGGAGCAUGGCGGGGGCUUCUAUGUCGCUACCGUGAGCGAGCACGCGGGCAAGGCGCGCUACAAGGUGGUCUGGAGCGGGGAGGGUGGCUCCCCGGCACUAGUGGAUCUGGCGCGCGCCCGCUUUAACGAUCUCAUGUACGAGGUGGAGGAGAUGGUGCUGCGGCGCCUCAAGGCGGAAGGCGGCUUCCCAGAUGACACGCGCCCGAUCCUGCGCCCCACUCGCUUCCACGCCCAGUUUGUUGAGAGGACGGGCACCAUGCUGUUCCCGGAGGCUGAGCUGGACCGGCUGCUCACCGGCACGUUGGGCCGCUGCCGGCCAUGGGACGAUGGCCUGCCGGAUGGCAGCAGCGCGGCGGGGGAGCGUGCACAGCUGGUGGAGCGGGCAAGUGGCAACGAAGGUGCAAGUGAGAAGAAGCACAAGAAGAAGCUCCGCCGAUCCAGGCGCCGGGGCAGUGGCCUGGCUUAG